AGAUUUUGAAACUUGGGUUCUCAUUGUUUUCCUGAGAAUCCUAGAUUUUAUGAACAGCAGAAGCAGAAAGCCCUGUGAGAAAAAGCGGCUUUUUAUUUUAAGGUGAAAAGUGAAAAACCCGAGGGAAAAGCACACCACGUUCUCUAUCAAUUAUCGUCAUUCACAUUCACUACCUGGGUUUUGAGGACUUGAGCAGCUCCCAAGUUUUGAACUUGUUCAUGCAGAUGUUUUUGAGAUUCCCAUGGGAAUCCCUUGGGAUGUGGGAUUUUUGUGAUUUUGUCUGCCAAGUGUGAACGAAAUGUUGGGUUUAUUGACAAUGCGCUUGUUCUGGUGGCAACAGCUGCCUCUGCUUAUUCUCAUCCAUCUUUUGGAACCCAGCAGAACAAGCUACAAAGUUUACGCUGAAGCUCUACUAACUUUCAAGAGCGAUGGUGGAAGCCCUCAACUACUCAACGGUCGAAUUGGAAGAUGUCCUUGUCUAACACAAUGGAAAAUUGUCUACUGUCAUAAACUGAAGGACCCGUGUGUUGUUUCUUUACUUUUCGUUACACACUCUUCAAUUCAACUACAAAAAGAGCACCAUAAACCAAGAAGCAGGAGGAUAGCAGCCAUAGUUGAUGGGGAUAAUGGAACUCCAACACUCACACCUGUGGAAAAAGUUCGUGGUAACCAUUCAACAAAACCAAAAGUUGCAGCAAUUAUUGGUGGAGUUGUUGCCACUCUGCUUGUGAUUAUCGUAGUGAUGCUCGUUUACAUCUGCUUGAUGCGUGUAAAAAGAUUAACUAGGCAAACAUCUGAGACAGUGUCAUCUGCACCAUCACCCCCUGUUCAGUGGGAAAGAGGGGACGCAUCUCCCUACGCCAUUGCUCAUUCUCCUUACAGUGCACCAAACUUGAGGCAACUCACCAUAUUGGAAUUGGAGCAAGCGACGUGCAAUUUCAGUGAAACUAAUAUCAUAAGCCAAGGUAGAUUUGGUUUGGUUUACAAGGGAUUGCUUCAAGAUGGGACUAUUGUAGCUAUCAAGAGACGCCUACAUGCCCCAACUCAGUAUUUCUUUCAUGAGGUGAAGCACGUAGCUCGUGUCAACCACAUGCAUAUUCUCAGGCUUAUUGGUUAUUGUCAAGAUGCCACUCAACAGUUACUUGUAUAUGACUAUCUUCCAAAUGGAAAUGUUGGGAAUCAUCUAUACGAUGCUGAAGGUUUGCCUAUUGGAAGGUUGGGCAUAAGGCAAAGGCUAUCGAUUGCUUUGGGUGCAGCCAAAGGACUUGCACACCUUCGCAGUUUGGUGCCUCCUCUUCUGCACAUGCAUUUUAGAACAAGCAACGUUCUUCUGGACGAAAACUUUACUGCCAAGGUGUCUGAUUAUGGACUAACCAAAUUGCUAGUGGGUCAUCAUGCUGGCUCAUCUUCAGCCGUUGAUUGCUUUGUUGACCCAGAGUUAGAUUCAUCAAAGAAGUUUUCAGAGAGAAGUGAUGUUUACAGUUUCGGGGUCUUCUUGCUGGAAUUGGUCAGUGGACGUGAAGCGAAUGCAAGAAACCAGUUGAACUCAGUGGAUAAUUUAAUAUUGCAGGCAAAGGAUUGCAAGGAUUUAGACAGAUUUGUUGACAAAACUUUAGGUGACAAGUCGAGGCAAACUGCGAAACAGAUGAUGGAGCUGGCAUUGAUGUGUGUAGAUGGUAGCGAACGAAGGCCGCAGAUGCAGAUUGUUGUGGAGGAGCUAGAACGAAUCCAUCGGGGGAGAGAAAGUAGCCAUUUUCACAUAGAAGUUGAUGAGGAGAUAGGUGCUGUGACUCUUGGGAGUGAGCUUUUCAAAUGAGUUCCUUGUAUCAGUGUCAUCUCUUCGUUCUUUUAUAAAUUUGAUUGAUUGUAAUUAACUACACAAGAAAAAUAUAUAAUAUAUAUAAACAUUCUUAAGUAUAUAAAUAAAAUGAAAAUAGUAAAAGUUCAGAUUGAUUA